AUUACUAGUAUGCUUAACUUGUGUCCGGUGGAUUUUUUUUAAAAAAAAAGAUACACCUUAAUUCAUACAAUUAAAAAAAAAAAAAAAAAAGUGUUGUAGUCGCUAUCAGACAACCUACCCUACCUUUGUGGUUUCCUCCUUCUUGUACUUUGUAGUAGGAUAGGAACAAACAAACUUGUUAUUAUUAUUUCUUACGUUGUUGGCCAAUUGAAGAAGAAGGGUUGUUUUUGCUUUGAUUUCCAUUUGUUUUUUUUGAAAAAAAAAAAGGGACUUUUGAGUUCAAAUUGUAACUGGGUUUUGAUUAGUUUCUGGGUUUCUUCAAUUUUUCUCACAGAAAAUGGAAAGAGAUUUCAUGGGUCUAUCCUCAAAAGAAUCAUUACCUACGACAAAGCAUGAGAUUAACAAUGAAGGCUCCAAAGACUCAGGUUUUACAAAAGUUUCAGCAGUAAAAUGGCCGUUCAUGAACAAAGUCUCGGCUCAUCCAUAUAUGAUGCCUUUUAAUGUUUAUGAAGAAGAUAAGGCUAAAAUGAUAUCUUCUGGUUUCAUAGAGAAAUCUUUCAAACAUGAUGGACAAGGUGGCUUUCAUUUUUCCGCAAAUCCGUAUCAUGUACAACAUGAUGUGAAUUAUAUGAAUCGUCCUCAUGAUGCAAAGAUGUUUUCAGUUUCCGCGGGACAUUCGUUCCUAAAGAAUCAUUUUGCAACUUUUGGUCAGAACAUGAAUGGCCCUAAUGUGAAGCAGCCUCUACUUGGGGGAUUAUCUGUUACAAAACCUCAUCCAGUUCUUCCAAUCGGUGGUACUGUUGCUGGUUUGACUGAACCAUGUGUGAAACCAUCUGCAUCUGCUUCUCAACUUACCAUGUUCUAUGCCGGUACUGUGAACGUCUUCAAUGAUAUCACUCCUGAGAAGGCAAAAGCCAUCAUGUUGUUGGCUGGAAGUGGCAUAUCUGCAGCUUCAAACUUGGUUCAACCUGAAGUUCAGGCACCUAGUUCAAAGUUCGCAUCGGGUGAUGAUGGUGUGCCUAUGAGUCCACCUGUAAAUAUACCACCCUCCUCCGGUAUUUCUAGUCCUUUAUCUGUUUCUUCACACACCGGUCCACAAUCAGGGAGUGGCUCAAGUAGCAGUGAUGAAUUUCUAGCUGCUAAAACAUCUAGAGGUCCUACUCCUACGACCUCUGCUAGCAAAGUGGAGACUCCAAAAGUAGUCAAUGCAACCACCAUGUUUUCGUCAGCUAUACCGCAGGCCCGCAAAGCAUCAUUGGCUCGAUUUUUGGAGAAGCGCAAGGAGAGGGUGAUGAGUGCAGCACCAUAUAACCUCAACAACAAAAAUUCCGAGGAUGCUCCAAUGCCAAAUUCAGUGGUUGCAGCGAAGCAAGGAUAACAUCAGAUGGAGAACAUUUUGAUCCAACAUGUAGCUUAAUAUAUUUUAGGAAGAUAACUCUAUUCUUCCAUAAUGAAAUUUAAAACUUAUGCUGAGAUUCUUAAGUAUCUAUCAAACAAACUAUGUUUGAUACAUAGGAGGUAGGUCUUUCCCUUAAACUAUUUUGUGGUGGAAGGACUUACCUUGUACUACUUAAAAAAUGGGUGGAUUCUAGCUUAGCUUCCAACAAUAUAGCAUUAGCAUAGACCACUAUGUAACUAAAUUUGACAAUGUGUUGAAGUUAAAGUGGAGAAUUCAAAGCAAGUUUAGUUAUACAAAUUUUGUAUUAAGGGAAA